GGCCACGCCACCGCCCCGCGGCACGACGGCCGGGCACCGGGCAACCAGACCUGAACGGCCGAGGCGGUCUCUCCCGGGCACCGCGGCACGCGCGGAGGCGGCGGGUCGGCGAGGUGCUGCGCAGUGCAGCGAUCGGCGACGGGAUGCGCCGUGAUGAUGUUUUGCGCCCUCGGCCCAGAACUGCAUGGUCCUUCACCCCAGAACUCCAUGCACGAAUCAUGCACGGGCAUGCUGGCGUGCCGGCCGGCCCUGGAGCACGAGGUCGGGGGCAGACGCGAGGAUGCCGCGGGAGAAAGAGGGAGGAGGAGCUUCGUCAAGGUGGGCGCGCAGCAGCAGGCCGCUCCCGGCGCCUCCUCCCCGGGAGGAAUGGCGAGGAGCGGCGGUGGGUGGCGGCAGCAGGAGACGCCGGAGGCCUCGAGGCUCGAAGACACGCAAGACUGGCCCUGGGCAGGAGCCCGCGCGCCUGCCGACGGCGUCUCCCAUCGCGGGAGGAGAAGACGAGGAGCGGCGGGGGCAGCAACGGGAGUCGCUGGAGGCCAGAGUGACCCCAAGCAAGAAGAGUGACGUUUUUGGUGCGCGGCUUUAGGGGCCGCGGGGGGGGGGGGGGGGGCCAAAUCCAAGCGCGCAUGCCAAUGCUCGGGGGACCCCUGCGGUCCCUGUGAGCCCGCACCAAAGGUCACUCUGGCCAAGGGUCACUCUUGCGCGCAGCCUCACGGCUGGGGCCAGAGUUCACGGGGAGGAUCGCACCGCAUCGCCGAUGCAGCGGGCGACGUCGGGAUGGACUGGAUCGGACUGCAGAUCGCGCUGCACCGCUGGUGCACUGGCGGAUGCGGCGCGAGUCUUCCAUCUGCUCUGGCCCUGUGCGUGAGGGGCAACGUUGGGAGGGGACCAGCUCAGGAAGGGGGAAGCACAUCGACAUGUAUCGGCGAUGCGUCCCCGAUAGCUCGGCGAUGGGCAACCG